AACAAGUAAUUUUGGGGUUUUAUUAAUUUAAGUUUCGAACUGUUCAAUGUUUGAAAAAGAAAGCCGGGGUGGUCACAGAUUCGGAAACUCAGGCAGAUUUUGUUUUUUCCUUCUGCAGAAAGAAGGGGAGAGAGUCUUUUCUUCUUCCCCGCCAAUGGGUCUGUUUUCUUCCUUCCCAAUGAGUCGAUGACUUAGAAUCCCUCUCUCUUUCUCUCUCUGUCUGUCUGUCUGUCUGUCUCUCUCUCUCUUUUGAUUUUCUACAGAAGGAUGGUUUCUGGGAGCAAGCAAAAGCCCUCAAAGAGGGAACCACUAGAUGCUGGCCAAGAACCCGCAAACCCCACCAUCAAAAUCGAUUCAGAGCGCCUUCUUGAGGGGGUUUCUCCCCAAUCUGAGGGAUACCCACUUGCUAUAAUGGGGGAAGAAGGGGAGGAGGAGGUACUUCUCAGACGUUCUUGCGCUCUCUCAUUGGAGGAGGUCAUCAGGAGGAGGUCUAACAGAGUGAAACGCCUCUCCAGGGUUUACAGAAAACAGUAUUGGGCCUUAUUGGAGGAGGUGAGGUUCAGGUACAGAGAGUAUUACUGGAAGUUUGGGAGAAGUGGGGUUAAAGAAGAAGAAGAAGAAGAGCGGGCCGACAAUGGAGGAAGCGGGUUUUUGGUCGGGUGUGAGAACGGGAACUAUGGGGUUCCAGGAAGCGGGUUUACGGCGAGGAUUGGAGAAGGCGGGUCUGGUUUUCUGGAGGGGGAAGGGGACGGUGGGGUGGGUUUUGUCGAAAGAUUGGGACAAGAUUGUGGUGGUUUUCAGGAUAGGAACGGGGAAAAUGGUUUCGAGUUUCCGGGAAACAGUUUUCCGGCGAGUAUGGAUAGCAGAUUUCUGGGGGAGACAGGAGAUAACGGUUUCAGGAUACCGGAGAACGUAUUUCCGGCGAAAAUGGGUCGAGAUGGAUGUGGAUUUUCGGCAACGAGUAAGGAGAAUCAUUUCGGAUACCCAGAUUGCAGCUUUCCUUCAAGGAUGGGGCAAGAUGGGUGUGGAUUUCUUGGGGGUAAUGAGGAAGAUCGAUUCGGGUUCCCGGAUAGUGGUUUUGUGGUGAAGGGUGGUCAAGCUGCACGUGCGGUGGUGAAGACCGAAGAAUGCAAUAUUGGUUUUGCUGAGAGUGGCUUUCAGAUGAAGACACGGAAGGAUCUAUAUGGGCUGUCGGGCAAACACUCAGAAAAUGGAUAUGGUUUCUCUGCGAGUGGUUUUCCUGGGAAGGCGGCCCAAGAGGGUCGCAUGUUCUCGGCGAAGUAUGGCGAAAAUGGAUUUUCAGCUCCAGAGGGGAGUUUUACAGUAAAAACAUUCCAGGAGGAUUCUGUUCCUCCUACUAAAUCUGGUGAAAAUGGUGUACCUUGCCCGGUCAACAAGGUGAGCGAUAAGGCAGGUGAUAACAAGUGUGGAUUUUCAGGGUGUAAGAUGAAGCCAAUGGCGCUUAGUGUUUUCUGUCACUCUCAUAUCCUCUCCGAUAGCAAGCAACAGUUGUAUAAAGCUUGCACCUAUGUGAUUAAGAGUGGACAAACAGGUCCUAUAACUUGUGGGAAGCCAGUUCUUAGAGCAGCUGUGCCCUGUCUUUGCUUUAUUCACUUCCAGAAAGCUCAAAAACAUGUAGCUCGGUCACUGAAGAAGGCGGGUCUUGCUGCCUCCUCUUCAAACAAGCCUGCACCAAAACUUCAUGUUAUAAUUUCAGAGUACGUUCGCUGUAUUCAGGCCAAAAGAAAAGAUAUGGACAAUGGAAGUCGUAUUCAAAUUAGAGAUUCAUCUCUUACAAUUACAAACACUGUUAAGGAUGAAGCCGUAGAGUGAGCUUUGACCUGAUGGUGGUGAAAUUGGAGGGAGCUGUUAAUGCUCUGCCUUGACCGUUGAGAAGAAUGCUCGGGUGUUGAUGUCGGCAAGAAUAUUUGUAGCUUUCCCUAAAUACUUGGGCUGUGAUUAUUCAAGUGAUACCUAAGAAUUGAGUUUGAAAUAUGUUGAAUCUUGGACUGGUUGAUUCUAGAUAACUGGGCAGGCCUUGUUGGUGUGUAGAGGGAAGUUGACUCGAAAAAAAGAAUGAUGAAGCUUUUGUCAUAUAGAAAGAUGGCGUCAUGAUACUCUUGUCAAGAAUGAUGAGACCUAAUUCUUUUGAUAUCACAGGGUUUGAACAUGAGCAACUUUUGUGGAAAAUGCCUGUGUAUUCUGAGGAUGGUUACCCUAUUUUCUGAGCUAUUGAAAGCUCUAAGGUGCGAUAAAGAUGUUGGGUUGUAGUGCUGGGCCUGGCAGAGUUAGGCAUAAUACUUUGAUCUGACUUGACCACCAGGUGCUGGUUACCAUGCUUCUCAUCAUGGAAUUUGGUGCAUAUGGUUAUCUGGACUUGGACAGUUUUUUUAAAUCAAUUUAGCUGCCCAAAUUUAAAUGAGCUGCAAAUGAGAGAUUGAAAGUGAAGGAAUGAAUCAGCACGAAGCGAACUUGCGGAGUUAGGCGCUCAACUUGAUGCUCCUGCAGUCUGGAGGUUGACAAUUGUCGCAGGGGUUUCACAAGGUAUCUGAAGCUUAUGCCCGAGCCAUAUUUCAUAUUGGAAAGUUGUUAAGCUACUUGGAUCAUCUUGCGGUUUGUUACUCUAUUGAUCUACCGGCAUAAGACAACCAACCAGUUGUAUGAUCAUUUCACUGGAUGCUCUCGGGUUCAACUGGACUGACUCUUCACAUUCUGGAUUCUUUUCAAUUUUAUUCCAGCAUGGCUCCUUACUGGAAGCAAGUUAUGUUGAACAAGUGGCUGGUAAGUCGGGAUUGAAAAGCACAUAUCAUGAGAAACCAGUGUGCCGGGGCUCUAAAUUGCUGUAUCUUGCACCUGGUGAGACUCGUGCUCUUGCAGUUCUGUUUCUGGCUCUCCUUCCCCAACCUCUUGCCUUACUGUCAAAGCUGUUGUUUUAGAACCCACAUCCAUGCUUCCUGGUAAGGUUGACACCAUCCAAGGACCUGUUCGGGAGAGGCUUUGCCUGCAUGUUUGCAUAUAUAAAUAAUAAAUAAGUGGAAAUCCAAAGGUGCCAUUCAUCAUAUCUGCUUAGAAAUAAACAAAGUCGCCAUUGAGGCGCGUUUGCAGGAAUACUGCCAACAUUCAUGUUGUAUUCACGAACAUUUCCUUUUCUCUUUUUAAUUCUUGGAAGACCAUUUUUAUCUUUCUUUC